CCGCCCCUGCCGCCCGGAUCCCACCCCUCCGCUCGCAGGACCCCGAACCCCAAUGAUCUUGCAGCAACCCCUGGAGCGAGGCCCCCAGGGUCGGGCCCGGCGCGACCCGCGGGCCGACUCAGGGGCGUCCCGAGGCCUGGACGCGAGCUCCCCUCUCCGAGGAGCUGUGCCCAUGAGUACCAAGCGUCGCCUGGAGGAGGAGCAGGAGCCCCUGCGCAAGCAGUUCCUGUCUGAGGAGAACAUGGUCACCCAUUUCUCUAGACUCAGCCUGCACAAUGACCACCCUUACUGCAGCCCCCCCAUGGCUUUUCCCCCAGCUCUGCCCCCACUCAGAAGCCCUUGCUCUGAGCUGCUUCUCUGGCGCUACCCUGGGAACCUGAUCCCUGAGGCGCUCCGGUUGCUGAGGCUGGGGGACACCCCCACCCCCCACUAUCCUGCAACCCCAGCUGGGGACAUAAUGGAGCUCUGAGUGCUGGGGGGCAGUGCCCCUGCCCACCUUCCUUAUUCCCCACAGCAGCGGAGGCCAGCACUCCCACGAAGGGAGCGGCUGCCCUGCUUUUCCUCCAGACCAGGCCUCUGGGCACCAGGACCUUCCCCCAACAGAGGACACUGAGCCCCACGGAGCCCUGGGGUGGGAGGCGAAGGAGCAUGGGAAGGGAGCCGUUCCCUCCCCAAAGAACUGAAUAAAGAUUGCUGAGCAAAUGAAGGCUU